AUGCCAUUACAUAUUGUUGAUAAACAUAAAAGUUUAUAUGAUAACUAUGUUCAAUCAGCAACAACCGAAGAGAUAGCAAAAUUUAAACUUGCUGAUGAUCCAAAUGAACCAGAAACAAUUAAAAAACUAAUAAUGGAUGAAUUAUUAUUGGAUGGUAAUUCUAAACAAAAUUUAGCAACAUUUUGUCAAACUGAUCUCGACAAAAACAUUCAUUCAAUUAUGGAUAAAUGUAUAGAUAAGAAUAUGAUCGAUAAGGAUGAAUAUCCACAAAGUGCUGAAAUUGAAAAUCGUUGCCUUCAUAUUUUAGCAGAUUUAUGGAAUGCUCCAGAUAGCUCAGACACUAUUGGUUGUUCAACAACUGGUUCAAGUGAAGCUGCAAUGUUAGGAGGUUUAGCAUUAAAAUGGAAUUGGAGAGAAAAUAGAAAAAAACUUGGUUUACCUUAUGAUAAACCAAAUAUUGUUACUGGUCCAGUUCAAAUUUGUUGGCAUAAAUUUGCUUUAUAUUUUGAUAUUGAAAUUAGAGAAAUUCCAAUGGAAAAUGGUCGUUAUGUUAUGAAUUCAGAAGAAGUUUUGAAAAGAGUCGAUGAAAACACAAUUGGUGUGAUUCCAACUCUUGGUGUAACAUUUACAUUACAAUAUGAAGAUGUUUUUUCUAUUAGUAAUGCACUUGAUAAAUUUGAAAAAGAAAGUGGUAUUAAUAUUCCAAUUCAUGUUGAUGCAGCAAGUGGUGGAUUUGUAGCACCAUUUAUUCAACAAGAGAUUAUAUGGGAUUUUAGAUUACCACGUGUUAAAUCAAUUAAUGCAUCAGGACACAAAUUUGGUUUAUCACCAUUGGGUGUUGGUUGGGUGGUAUGGAGAGAAAAGAAAGAUCUUCAUAAGGAUUUAGUAUUCAAUGUGAAUUAUUUGGGUGGUAAUAUGUCAACAUUUUCAUUGAAUUUCUCACGUCCAGGUGGGCAAAUAAUAGCGCAAUAUUAUAAUUUUUUACGUCAUGGUCGUAAUGGGUAUACAUUAAUUCAAGAUGCUUGUGCACAGCAAGGUAUUUUCAUCGGCAAAGAGUUAAAGAAAAUGGGAAUUUUUGAUUUAAUUUAUGAUGGUACUGGUGCACUCCCAGGUGUUUGUUGGACAAUUAGUAAGAAUUUACCCUCUGAACCAUUAUUUAAUCUUUAUGAUUUAUCUGAAAAGUUAAGAAGUAGAGGUUGGCAAGUUGCAUCUUAUUCUUUACCAUCAUCAAUGAAUGAUGUAGUUGUAUCACGUGUUGUAAUUCGUCAUGGUUUCUCUAGAGAUUUAUCUUCAUUAUUCGUUAAAGAUGUUCAAAAUGCAAUUGAAUACUUCCAAAAACAUCCAAUUUUAAGAAGUUUAGAAAAAGAUGAAGGUGAAAAUUUCCAUCAUUAA